CCAAAGAAAGAAUCAGCGGGAGUACCCAGGGUGAACUGAUGGAUUACGGAGCCUGGCUGGCACGAUUUGUGCCCGCUUCACCUCCAGAUUGCCUUAAUUUCACAUCAGAAGGCAGACUUAGUGAACAGGACUGGCAAGCACACUUCAAGGCGCCCUGUGGGGUCGAUACAUCUCAGCUUGAGUCAGAAGAGGCAGAAGUGGAUGUGAGAGAAAGAGAGACACAGAGAGACAGAGAGCCGAAGAGGGCCAGAGACUUGACUCUGAGAGACCCCUACACUGACAGCUCCAUGCAGUUCGGAACCCGAGCGACUGCGGCUGAACCGGGGUUCAUGGGGACAUGGCAGAACGCUGACACCAACCUCUUAUUCAGAAUGUCCCAACAGGUCCCACUGGCAUGUGCCGGCAGAGUGCUGGGUGCAGACUUCUGCCCAGACCUGGAGGAGCCAGACCAGAGGCUGGAAGUCCAGGCCAUCCGGUGCACGCUGGUAAACUGCACGUGUGAAUGUUUUCAGCCGGGGAAGAUUAACCUGAGGACUUGCGAUCAGUGUAAACAUGGCUGGGUAGCGCAUGCCUUGGACAAGCUCAGCACACAGCACCUGUACCAUCCCACGCAAGUGGAAAUUGUGCAGUCCAACGUGGUGUUCGACAUCAGCAGCCUGAUGCUCUAUGGGACGCAGGCAGUGCCUGUGCGGCUAAAGAUCCUGCUGGACCGGCUCUUCAGCGUCCUGAAGCAAGAGGAAGUGCUGCACAUACUGCACGGCCUGGGCUGGACGCUGCGGGACUACGUCCGAGGCUACAUCCUUCAGGACGCUGCCGGCAAGGUGCUGGACCGCUGGGCCAUCAUGUCUCGAGAAGAAGAAAUCAUCACCCUUCAGCAGUUUUUGCGGUUUGGAGAAACCAAAUCCAUUGUGGAGCUGAUGGCAAUUCAGGAGAAAGAAGGUCAGGCCAUCACUGUACCAUCUUCAAAGACAGACUCAGAUAUAAGGACUUUUAUUGAGAGCAAUAAUCGCACCAGGAGUCCCAGCCUCCUUGCUCACUUAGAGAAUAGCAAUCCUUCCAGCAUUCAUCACUUUGAAAACAUCCCCAACAGCCUUGCAUUUCUGCUUCCAUUCCAGUACAUAAACCCUGUCUCAGCCCCACUCCUGGGGUUGCCUCCAAACGGGCUGCUUUUAGAGCAGCCAGGACUGAGGCUCCGGGAACCAAGCCUUUCAACCCAGAAUGAAUACAAUGAGAGCAGUGAAUCAGAAGUCUCUCCCACACCUUAUAAGAGCGAUCAGACACCAAAUAGAAAUGCCCUGACCAGCAUCACUAACGUGGAGCCCAAAACCGAGCCGACAUGCGUCUCUCCCAUUCAGAAUUCUGCCGCCGUCAGUGAUCUGACCAAGACUGAACACCCGAAAAGCUCUUUCCGGAUUCACCGGAUGAGGAGGAUGGGCUCGGCCUCCAGGAAAGGCAGAGUGUUCUGUAACGCGUGUGGGAAGACGUUCUACGACAAAGGCACCCUCAAAAUUCACUACAAUGCCGUUCACCUGAAGAUCAAACACCGCUGCACCAUCGAAGGUUGUAACAUGGUCUUUAGCUCCCUCCGAAGCCGUAAUCGACACAGUGCAAACCCCAACCCCCGCCUCCAUAUGCCUAUGCUCAGAAAUAAUCGAGACAAAGAUCUGAUUCGGGCUGCAUCAGGAGCUGCCACCCCCGUCAUAGCAAGCACGAAAUCAAGUCUCACACUCACAAGCCCUGGCCGGCCCCCCAUGGGUUUUACCACGCCCCCAUUAGACCCUGUCUUGCAGAGUCCGCUCUCUAGCCAGCUGGUAUUUUCUGGGCUAAAGACUGUACAACCAGUUCCUCCAUUUUACAGAAGUUUACUCACUCCAGGGGAAAUGGUGAGUCCUCCGACCUCCCUCCCGACCAGUCCUAUCCUGCCAGCCAGUGGUACCAUAGAGCAGCACCCCCCCACGCCCUCUGAGCCAGUAAUGCCAGCAGUGAUGAUGGCCACCCAUGAGCCCAGUGCCGACCUGGCACCCAAGAAGAAGCCCCGGAAGUCAAGCAUGCCUGUAAAGAUCGAGAAGGAGAUUAUCGACACUGCCGAUGAGUUUGACGAUGAAGAUGACGAUCCCACCGAUGGUGGGACGUUGGUGAAUGACAUGAGCCAUGACAAUCACUGCCACUCCCAGGAGGAGAUGAGCCCAGGCAUGUCUGUGAAGGACUUUUCCAAGCACAGCAGGACCCGGUGUAUUUCAAGGACUGAAAUAAGAAGAGCUGACAGUAUGACUUCUGAAGACCAGGAGCCUGAACGGGAUUAUGAGAACGAGUCUGAGUCUUCAGAGCCCAAACUAGGUGAGGAGUCCAUGGAGGGGGACGAGCACCUUCACAGCGAGGUGAGUGAAAAAGUCCUGAUGAACAGUGAGAGGCCCGAUGAAAACCACAGUGAGCCCUCUCACCAGGACGUGAUCAAGGUGAAGGAAGAAUUUACAGACCCCACUUACGACAUGUUUUACAUGAGCCAGUACGGACUGUACAACGGUGGGGGCAGCGGCAUGGCUGCCCUGCAUGAAAGUUUUACAUCGUCUCUGAAUUAUGGCAGCCCCCAAAAGUUCUCCCCAGAAGGGGAUCUGUGUUCCAGCCCAGACCCCAAAAUUUGCUAUGUGUGCAAGAAGAGUUUUAAAAGCUCCUACAGUGUGAAGCUUCACUACAGGAACGUUCACUUAAAAGAGAUGCACGUCUGCACAGUGGCCGGCUGCAACGCUGCCUUCCCCUCCCGCCGAAGCAGAGACAGAAACAGAAAUUUACGGAUGGAAAGAACCGUAGGUCCAGGACAUCGAGACAGCCUCCAUCUCCGUAGACACAGUGCCAACAUAAAUCUGCACCGUAAACUGUUGACCAAAGAACUCGAUGACAUGGGCCUGGACUCAUCGCAGCCCUCCCUUAGCAAGGACCUCCGGGAUGAAUUUUUGGUGAAGAUCUAUGGUGCCCAGCACCCCCUGGGGCUCGAUGUCAGGGAAGAUGCCUCCUCUCCCGCGGGGACGGAAGACUCGCACCUGAAUGGGUUCGGGAGAGGCAUGACGGAGGACUACAUGGUCCUUGACUUGAGCACCACCUCCAGCCUCCAGUCCAGCAGCAGCGUCCAUUCUUCCAGGGAGUCCGAUGCCGGCAGCGAUGAGGGGAUUCUCCUCGAUGACAUUGACGGGGCGAGUGACAGUGGAGAGUCGGCACACAAGGCUGAGGCCCCUGCCCUCCCGGGUGGCCUGGGAGCUGAAGUGGCAGGACCGCUCAUGUUCAGCAGCUUGUCUGGGAGCAAUGGUGGGAUCGUGUGCAACAUCUGCCACAAAAUGUACAGCAACAAGGGGACCCUGAGGGUGCACUACAAAACCGUGCAUCUGCGGGAAAUGCACAAGUGCAAAGUCCCCGGUUGCAAUAUGAUGUUUUCCUCUGUGCGAAGCCGAAAUCGGCACAGUCAGAACCCUAAUCUCCACAAAAACAUUCCCUUCACGUCAAUAGAUUAGUCCCAGAACGGACACUCCAAAUGCCAGCUCUCACCAGACGGCCUACGUGUUUGAACUGCCAUUGUCAGUGUGUGCGUACGUGUGUCGGCAGGGUGUGUAGUGUGUACAUACGUACGCCUUUGUGUCUACACAUGUACACACGUAUUUUCUUUAGGUAAAAAAAGAAACACUAGGUGCUUUUGAAUUUCUUCUUUUUCCUUUAUAGUUUGGGAAAGGGGUGGAAUCUUUAAUUUGGGGGUGAAAACAGUACCCCUUUAAACACACACAUGUAAAGCCUGCAUCUAGCCCCAAUUUGAUAGAACAAUUCGUGGUCUUCUCCAAGGAGACAAUGUGUUGUACCCAUGACUGUUGCCUGCAAAAAAUAAAAGGGAGAAAAGAAAAAAGAAACAAAGAGGAACUUCUUACAGUUGUCUUUUGUGAUCCUUAAGGUUUUGAGAGAAUCUUCAAUUAAAGCAUGACAGAUUCACCUGUAAAUAUUUAGCCUUGAGAGGCCAAUGAUGUAAAACAGUUGUAUUGAUGGUUGUUUAACUCUUUUGUUUAAUUUUUGCAGUUACAUCCAGCUGUUAGAUAUACAGGAAAAAAUAGUUUGCUGGCUAGCUCUAUUCAUUUAUGUUAGCAUUAAUGCACAUUUUUUAAAAAAAAAACAUGGUCUUGUUUUUACUACCUGUUAGAUAUAGUGAUAAAGAGGUGCUGGCAUGCUUUACAGCACAGAUCUGAUUUUUAAAAGUGUCCUGUACUAGUACAUAAAUCCAGUCAUGCACUUUUUUUCAUACACUACAAGGGGAUGUGUAAUAUCCAUGCUUCUUUUUUAUCCUUAAACUAUUGCCAUACUUCAGUAAGUGUCUUUUUUUUAAAAAUCCACUUGUAUAAAAAUGGUCUGGUCAGUAUAGGGCAUGAAUGCCAAACAAAAGUAUUAGUGUUAACACAAAACUGCCAACUUUGCACAAGUUUCCAGAAAAGAAAAUACAAUUAGUCACUCAACAUAACCACAGGCCAAUUUGCCGGCCACCAGAAAACCGCUUUUAAAAAAAAAACGGUGAUUCUUUCAAGUGCCGAAUGUUAUUAGAAUCAACACUGCAUCCUUCUUGCUUAUAUGUUAAGUUACAUAAAAGGAAAACAAAAUUAUGUGGUGUGAAACAGCCCAGGCGUUUCUCCUUUAGAGGCAGGAUAAUAUUUCAGGA